AUGCGUCUCAUUUCGACAUCAGGGCCGAGGCCCGGCGCAGGUGGCAUCAUAUCUACGCUGCUAUUGAUGCUUCAUCCCUUGGUCUCUGCUCUCCAACUGGAUCCUAAUUCGACAAGUUCGAUUAAAUCCGUUGCUAAAACAAUCGCCAAGGAUAUGGUCGGCAUGUACCAUGGCAAUGAGCCUGGAGGUACCCCAGGUCUACUACCCGACCCUUACUACUGGUGGUACGCCGGUGCCUUUAUGGGAACGUUGGUUGAUUAUUGGGCAUAUACGGGCGAUGAUCAAUAUGUCGACCUUACCAAGCAGGCACUUUUAUUCCAAGUUGGCGACCAUGACGAUUAUAUGCCUAUCAACCAGACGAGAACCGAGGGAAACGACGACCAGGGCUUCUGGGCACUCACUGUCAUGUCAGCCGCCGAAUUCAACUUUCCCCAUCCCGAUCCAGACCAGCCUCAGUGGCUGGGACUCGCCCAAGCCGUUUUCAAUACCCAAGCAGCUCGCUGGGACACAGAACAUUGUAACGGUGGUCUGAGGUGGCAAAUUUUCCAGGUCCCUGGCUCCGCUCAAGUAUCUCCGGCUUUAUGGAACAAAGGCUACGACUAUAAAAACUCGAUUUCCCAGGCUUGUUUCUUUGCUCUUGGCGCGCGUCUCGCCCUCUUCACUGGCAAUGACAGUUACGCCGACUGGGCCGAUAAAACGUGGGAUUGGAUGGAAGGGACCAAAUUCAUUGACCCGGAGUCUUACUACGUUUAUGACGGUGGCCACAUUGGUAACAACUGUACCAAACUGGUGCCUUACCAGUUCUCUUACAAUGCAGGCGGCAUGAUUCUCGGCGCUGCGGCUAUGUACAACUUCACCGAAAGCCCGGUCUGGAAGACUCGUCUUGACAAUCUACUCGAAGGUGCAAAAAUCUUCUUCCAGGGUCCUCAAAAGAACAUCAUGUCGGAAGUCGCUUGCGAGCCCGUCAAGCUGUGUAACCUUGAUCAGACAUCCUUCAAAGCAUAUCUGAGUCGCUGGCUUGCUGUUACGACGCAAUGGGCUCCUCAUACUCGCGAAUUGAUCAUGCCACUUUUGCGAGCUUCAGCCGUUGCGGCCACGGACAAAUGUGUGGGAGGCGAGAAUGGCCAAAUGUGUGGCCUCUACUGGACUAAGGACAAGUUCGAAGGGCAAAUAACCGUGGGCCAACAAAUGGCGGCAUUGGAAGUCACCCUUUCUUGUAUGAUUCAAGACCGACCUGCACCAUUGACGAAAAAUACCGGAGGAACCAGCAAGGCCAAUCCUGGCGGUGGCGGCGAAGAUAUUGGGCGAACAACUCCUGAUCUGGACUACAAACCCUUACCAGCAGGAGAUAAAGCUGGUGCCGCCAUUCUCACUCUCCUCAUCAUCACUGGUCUCCUCGCCGGUAUGCUCUGGAUAUUCUUUGAUGAAACAUCACCCAGUGGUCCUGUUGAUCAAAUGCGGAGUUUCGGGUCGUCAACGACUGCUGCGUUUGCCGCUCUGGCCGCUGGCGGCGGCGCAGCCGCAAUACUGGGACAUAAGAAGAAGGAGAAUGUCAAUGAAAAGAAUCGCGGGGUGUUCCCGACAUCAGGAAAAGGAAGCUCCCAAGUAAGCGCCGAAAAGCAAGCCGCAAACGAUGUGCCGGAUGGUGGUGUCGAUGAUCAAAUCACUGGACACCACCGUCGAGUGUCCAGUAUGCCGAUGGGAUGGCCACAAAAUCCAGUGAUGAGAGGAAGUACUGCAUAUGAUUCUGAUGGAAUAUAUCCUGCGUCGGCUUCAGCACGACACUCCCGAGGCGACUGGGCUGUCGGUGGGAUAGGUGAAUCCAGUAGUGGUCUAGGCAGCUUGGCUGGUGGUAACAGGAGCUACAUCCAACAGGAGACAACGACUGGCGAAACCACACCAGGCACCGAGGAGCUUAGCCUCCCACAAAAGAGAAACAACAAGAAUGCUGCCCAGCCAACCGAAGAGUUUGAGCCUGUGUCAAGGGAUCAGCGAGGACCUUCGGGGACUAUCGGGGUAGCACAAUGA